AUGGCUCAGCACUCACACGUACCGGAGUUUGGCAACUGGGAAAAUGACAAUAUCCCUUACACCGCCUACUUCGAGAAUGCAAGAAAAGAGAGAGGUGGGGUGAUGAUAAACCCAAAUGAUCCGGAGGAGAAUCCUGAGGCAUUCAUGUACAUGGGAAGUGGGGGCUUGGAAAUGACUGCUCAUGAUUACCGUGCAGUCCAGGCUCCUAAUCAUCUCCGUGUCGACUCCAGCACCAAGUCAGUUUCUCCGGAGGAAAAACAACACAUUGAUAAGGGGCAUACAAGCCAUCGUUCUCAUCGUAGGAUUAACCCUUCUGAUUUACAGAAAAAUGGGAACCCUAGGAUCAUCGAAUUUGAAUCUGGCAGCAGCUAUAGAUCAAGCAAAUCUGAUUAUUCACUCAUACAGCAGCCUAGUCACCGACGGAAGAGGUCUGACAACAAGAAGACUCCGGCAGCUGAUGGGGUUGAUAGCUUCUCCUCGACUGUCCCCGGUCAUGGCAGACAGAGAGUCGGAAGUUAUUCCUCUGUUGAAAUUGUAAAUGAUGUGCAGCAUCGAAGAGGUGCAUCAUCGAUACCCAAGUUUGGGGCUUGGAAUGAAGCAGACCCUAAAUCAGGAGAAGGAUUCACUGUCAUAUUCAACAGAUUAAAAGAGAGAAAACAGACCGAAACCUCACAUUUCCCAGUUGUACAACAACAACAACAACCGAGUUAUCAUUCAAAUACUGAAAGACACGAGCGAUCUUCCCUAGAUCAAAGAUUUUUCUUCAUUAAUGAUCAUCAUCAUCACAAUCUGCAGAUAUGUUGCUGUCUGUUUUCAAGUAGAAGCGAGUGA